AUGGAAGAAAAAGUGGAGCAAAUCCAGCCUACCCACGGCAGGCUUAGUGAUGCUAGUCAGUGCUCAUCCAGUGAUUGCAGUCAGGUGUUAGACACAAGCUCCAUCGCUCACCGUGAUGUGGAGGAGCUGGGCAGUUAUGCACUCUGUCGCGUUUGCCACUGUGUGGAAUCAGACAAAGGGGCCGAUGCUGCCUUAGCUUACUUGAAUAUUGUUCCUCCAACAUUGGACUCAAAAGUCGAUGAGUGUGAGACGAACGGCAAAGAAUAUUCUGGAUCUCUUGAGAAGGCUAGUUUUUCUAACAAGAAUGGCACCAGAGAUCCUGGAGUAAUUGAGUUCGUGGGUCCUGAUGGGAAGAUAUUUGUUUGCAGUGCUGACAUAGAGGCAGGCUCCUGCUGCGAGAAAGAUCCUCUAGUAGAUCUUGGAUGUUCAUGCAAAAAUGAGCUUGCUCUAGCACACUAUGCCUGUGCAUUAAAGUGGUUUAUUAGCCAUGGAUCCACUGUCUGUGAAAUUUGUGGAAGUGCAGCAAAAAAUGUCAGGCCUGAGGAUUUCAAAAAGAUUGUCACAUCUCUGAGGGAUUAUGAAUCAUUGAGGGAAAGGACUGAUAAUGGCAUAGUUGACCAUUUCCAAAGUGGGGCAGAUUCAGGUUUAGAUCCUGACGCCCUAGCUGCAGUCCGCAGACAAAGGCUCAGCGAGAUUUCACUAUGGUUUAAUCCUCAAAAUAAUUUCAGAGCAGUUUCUGAAGAAACAGUAUAUCAACCCUCCACUAUUUCAACAGAGACUGCUGUCACCACACAAAAUCCCGCCACUAAAUGGGCAGUGGAGGGCACUGGGAUACUAAUAGCAACUGGCUUGCUGACUGUCACUCUGGCAUGGCUGAUUGCUCCUCGUGUUGGAAAGGUAUUCCUCAACUUAAUAUUUAACUGCGGUCUUCUCUUAGUUUACUUGUCUGUCCAUAACUUUGCAUUUGAGAUUAUUAUCAGUUUGGAGGCAUUUCUGACCUCAUCAGUCUGGUGCUCGGACUUGUUUCCAGUCUUUACUAGAAAAUUGAGUAAGAUCGAUGCCCAUAAAAUUGAUUUAUAGGAUAUUUUUAAAAUAAGUUAUAAAAAAUGAGAAAACCUGAAAUUUGAGUAGGAUCAAUGCCCAUAAAUUGAUUUAAAUAAAUUAUUCAAAAGAUUUCAAUAAGGAAGAAAAGAAGAAGACAAUCAAGUACCUGUAAAGGUAAACUUCAGGUAAUUGAGGGCAUGCCCAGGAAGAAGUAGGAAUCAAGAGGCAAGCUCGAUUGUGUCAUGGACAGGGGUUCAUCUGUGGAGAGCCCUUUUAACAGAGGCAGAUGCAUUUCUAGACCAAUCGGCAUCACCUAGAUAAUUUAGUGUCCUCCGGAGAGGGCUUACACUCCAAACACUUCUCUUCAAUAUCCUUCUCUGCUUUGAUAAAAAAUUAUCUGCUUUGAAAAAAAAUAAAAACCAAACUGCUUUAUUCCGACCAUUUACUUCCCCCAUUAUCACAAUUUUGCCUGUUGCUUCUUUUCUCUAUGCAGAAGACGGCAAGGAACGGUCUCCACAUUCUCCUCGGAGGCAUGUGUGCUCUGACGGUGGUGAUCUUCCUUCGAUUUGUAAGUAGCGUCUGGCCACUCCUUUUCAUUAGCAGCUCUUGGCUGCUGUUCUAUAGCUGUUCAAUAGCUCUUCAUGUUUUCUCUGUUAUAACAUGAUGAAUGUGUUCAAGAGGAUGCUGCUCUGGGGAAUGGAGGGGAAGACAAGGAGACUGAUUUAUUAGUUACCACCACAUGCAUGCAUGCAUGCACGCUUGCUUCUAUCAGGCCCUUAUCAUACACUGGUUUAAGCUUUGACUUGCGACGUUCAUAAAAGUAACAGAGGGCCACUAUUUUACUAAAAAUGGAAAAAAAUGGAAUCGUCUUGGUGAUCGGAUUAUAUUCCUAUAAAUGUUAUAUCUCAUUUCAUGCUUAUGAUUUCCAUCCUUUUUCUUUCCUUUUAAAAAAAAAAAAACGGAAAGAAGAAAUUGGGGAGGUAAAAAAGAAGUCAACCGUCGCCUGAAAAUUUCCACGGCUUUUUCUCCUCCAGGUGGUGCUCUCCAGGAUCAGAUAUGGGCCUGCACGCUACUGGGCAAUCCUAUUUGUGUUCUGGUUUCUGGUCUUCGGCAUCUGGGCCUCCAGGACUCACAGCACCCACACCACCUGA